AUAGAUUAUUGCAGUUGUAAGCAUUCGUCCACAACAUGUCCCAGGACAAAAGUGGAUACCCUAUAAUGGGUGAGACUAACCCACUCCAUAAUGACGUCUACGGACCCCCUCAGCCAGGUUUUGGCAUGCCACCUCCCAACUACAGCCAAGGUCCAGGUGGACCGUACCCUCAAGCAGGUGGUUAUGGACAGCCCGGCUUCUCUCCAGCAGGUGCAGGUUUUGCCCCAGGUCCCUACCCUCAGAUGCCCUACCCACAGGGACCCUACCCACAAGGACCCUACCCACAAGGACCCUACCCUCAGGGCCCUUAUCAGCAAGGUCCUGGACAACCAGGCUUUCCUGGUGAUCCUAUGGCAACAUCUGCAGGCAGCCCUGGUUACCACAACGACGACGGGCCUCCGACUUACUACGACAACGAAGACUUCACCCGCUCCGGCUUUGAGGAUAAGAACAUUCGACAAGCCUUUAUAAGAAAAGUUUUCUCAGUUCUCACCGUGCAGCUGCUGGUCACUUUCUCCUUUGUUGCCGUCUUCACUUUUGUUGCUGAUGCCAAGUACUUUGUACGCCGUAAUCCAUGGACGUACUACGUGUCCUACGCAGUCUUCUUUGUGUCUCUGAUUGUCCUGAGCUGCUGCGGAGACUUUCGUCGUAAACACCCGUGGAAUUUGGUUGCUUUGUCCAUUUUGACGUUGAGCCUCUCCUAUAUGGUGGGCAUGAUCGCCAGCUUCUACGACACAGAGACGGUCAUCAUAGCUGUGGGCAUCACUGCAGUCGUCUGCUUCACCGUCGUCCUCUUCUCUCUGCAGAGCAAGUAUGACUUCACUUCCUGUCGGGGCGUUCUUUUUGUGUGCCUCAUUGUUCUGCUGCUCUUCUCCAUUCUCUGCAUCUUCAUCCGCAACAAGAUCCUGCACAUCUUUUACGCCUCAAUGGGCGCCCUGCUCUUCACCUGCUUUUUGGCUGUUGACACUCAGCUUCUUCUGGGCAACAAGAAGCUGGCCCUGAGUCCAGAGGAGUACAUCUUUGCUGCGCUGAACCUCUACACUGACAUCAUCAACAUUUUCCUCUACAUCCUGGCCAUUGUGGGUCGCUCCCGUGAAUGAGCCUGCACCUUCAGAAGAGCAGCUGUUAAAUGAAGAACGCCUCCCUUUAUUGUGAAAAGUUUCUAACGUGCUCUUUCUCUCUGUCUCAUUAAAUCUCUUAUCCCUCACGCACACACACACAGUUCUGUUUUCCUUCAACAGGUGUGCUGUGGAGGAGAUGCAGCAUGCCAUAAAAUUCAACCCUUGAUGUUUAAGACAGUGUAGUGAUCUGCUGUCACUCUUGUUGUUCCUCCUUUGACUACUAACACAGUUCUGUGCACAUCACACACCUAACAAGCUUCCAGUAUGACCCGAGACUUCAGAAUAAAACGCUCUGGGUGCUUGGCACUCGGUCUUGCCUUGCUGCAAAAAUUGUGGGAAAAAGAUAUGCUUUUUAUUAACAUGAAACCAGUGUUUCUUGAAGAAAAGAUAUUAAUACUUUUUUUGUUUUGUUUUUGGUCUGUUUUCACAAACCUCUUUCUCGGACUGCUGGUGCAGACGAAAUGUGCAUGGCAAAAUUGGAAGCACGAUGCUGUUAAAUUCUGUAGAUUAGAGCGAAGCCUCUAGUAGCUAUCUUCUAGCAGCUGUAUAAAUUUCAAUGUAUUACUGUUACCAGCACCCCCCCCCCCCCCCCCCUUCUCCUUCCUACCUCUGAAAGGCAUGCUGGAGCGAUUCACGUGGUUGUUGCUUUCUGAAGAAAAUGUGCACUACGGUCUGAAUGUUUUUGACAGAUAUAACAAAUUAUUAUUAUUUAUUAACGAUGGAAAGAUUUUUACGUUCUAAAUUUUUGAUGUCUUGCCAUAGAUGAUUUCUGUUCUCGUCUUUACUACUUCCCUCUUGUGUGGUCAUUACUGUGUACUGAAGCCUGUUGUAUUAUUUAUUUCUCAUCCGUUUAAUAAAAAGUUUAUUCUGACAGAAGGAUGGAGUAAAUAGAUGCUGGACGUGAAGGAAGUUCAAACAGAUGUGUCUGAGCUGUACACAGCAGUGCUGAUGUGAAACUGGUGGAGUCACAGAAUGAAGCAAGAGAUUGUAAAGUCAUAAAACACAUUUAGCAAUUAAAUAACUGUCUUAUGCACUAAUCGCCAAACACACAAAAAAAGUGAAGGAUGUGUUUAACAUGAAUAUUUUUACUAUAGCAUUUUCUUAAUCGUACCUCUUGCAUGACCCUUGUCAUUGUUUGCAUGUGCAAAAUGCACACAGUUAUUUUGGGUGGACACUGAUGAUUGGAGUCGCUGAUAGAUUUUUAUUUUUUUUUAAUAUUGUGUUUGCAUCCAAGUAACAUGUACAUGUACAUAAGACGCUGUAGUGUUUUGAUGUGUAUAAACUAGGUUUGGGCUUUAAACGUUUGUUCACAUUGUAAAUUAGCUUCAAAUUGAAGUUGGACUGGAUUCCUCUACACUGCUGUUAGCUUUUCAAUAAAAUCAAGAUGUGUAAAGGUGUUGAACGUUGUGUGAUUUUUAA